GUCUCUGGUACGUCGAGACAUCAUGAUCAAGGCUUCGAUUAGCUCUGGGAAGGUGACUCUCUUCCACCAGGAUCCAUGGAGUGGAGUCACCUAUCGGAUCCCCGCACUGCUGUAUAUCCCCACAGACACGCUCCUGGCGUUCGCGGAGAAACGCUCCUCUCCCAAGGACGUGGAUGCUGAGUACCUAGUACUGAGACGAGGUCGGAAGACAGGGACUUCGGUUGAGUGGGGGCCCAGGGAGUGCUUGAUGAACGCAGUGUUACCGGGUCACCGCACAAUGAACCCCUGCCCGGUGUACGAGCGGAAGAGUCAGACUGUUUUCCUGUUCUUCAUCUGCGUGAGGAACCAUGUCACAGAGCAAUGCCAGAUCUUGACCGGGCAGAACGCCGCCCGGCUGUGCUACGUCCGAAGCAAAGAUGCCGGCCAGACCUGGAGCUCGUUAACGGACUUGACGGAGCAGGUGAUUGGGGAAGACUUGAAGGACUGGGCCACAUUUGCGGUGGGGCCGGGGCACGGGGUGCAGCUCAGCUCCGGGCGGCUGGUGAUCCCGGCUUAUACCUACCACAUUACCGCUCGCUGCUGCCGCCUGCCACUGCCCUGCUGGACCCUGCCCCGGUCCUUGGUCUUUUAUAGUGACGACGGCGGGCAGCGCUGGCACAAGGGUGAGCUGAUUAAGGGCAUGAAGACGGGGGAGUGCCAGGUGGCCGAGGUGGUGUGCCAGGCCUGCGACCCCGUGUUGUACUGCAAUGCCCGCACCCCCUGCCGGUGCCGGGCAGCGGCGCUCAGCACAGACCAGGGGCUGACAUUCAAAUGCCACUCCUCAUGCAAGCAGCUGUGCGAGCACAGCUGUCAGGGCAGCGUGGUGAGCUUCACGCCGACAGCAGGGCUUCUGGGGGCGGAUGGCGCAGAAGUGCCAGACGCCCCAGCCCCCGAGACGACCUGCCUGUUGAACAGUGGGAAUGCCCCCUCCACCAUCCGCAGAAGCACCGUGUCAUGGCUGCUUUACUCCCACCCGACAGGUAAAUGCAAGCAGGUCGACCUGGGCAUCCACCUCAACCAGUCCCCGUUGAACGAGGCCAAGUGGGAACACCCCUGGCUCCUGUACAAAGGGCCGUGUGGUUACUCGGACCUGGCCGUGUGCCAGGAGGUGCCAGCGCCGCUCUUGUUUGGCUGCCUGUUUGAGUGCGGGGUGAAUCACGCGUGUGAGGAGAUCGCCUUCCAGCUCUUCUGCUUUGAGGAUCCUCAGAGCUAAAAUCCGACUAGCAUGUCCUCCGGGGGAGUAAGCACCCACCCCCCCCGCAUCGGAGAUUCUCACCCCCAUGAGGCCUGGGCUUCCAAAAGCAGCCUCUUCUUUUGGGUGUCUCUUCUUUGGGGUCCGGGAUUUCCUACAGCCUGGUUUGCAGAAGACUUCCUAGGGCAGGGGUAGGCAAACUACGGCCCGUGGGCUGGAUUCGGCCCGCAAGCCGUUAAGACAGGCCACAAAGUCCCACUUGGGAACGGGGUCUGGGGAUUGCUCCAGUUCGGUGGUCCAACCGGGGCGCCGGGUCGGGGGCCGCACCACGCGGGAGCCGUAGCAUGGCCCCGCUCCAGGGUACAUGGUCGGGGACCGCACCACAUAGCUCCCAGAAGCAGCCGCAUGGUCCCACUCUGAGGGUUGGGGGUCCCUCCAUGCGUAGAAGCUGGAGAAGGGACAUGCCACUGCUUCUGGGAGCUGCUUGAGGUAAGCGCUGCUCGGAGCCUGCACCCCUGAACCCCUCCCCAUGCCCAACCCCCUGCGCCAGCCCUGAUCCCCUUC